AUGGCUACACAAAAACCAGGAGAGUGGGCCAACUCAUUGUUGGCCCGUUUUGAGGAACAGCUUCCCUAUCGUACUGGACCACAUGGUACUCAGGCACGCCUCAGCAUUGAUGAAACCAUGAACUGCUUGAUACAGAUCUCUCGUUACCGAUUUUCUUUGGUGAUUUCCGGUUUGACGAAAAUGUUGCAGCGUGUGAACGAAAUUUUCAUUAUUUUACAGUUUCAACCGCCUGCCUGUCGCGGCCAUGAACCGGAACGCUGUUGCUAUGACUCGUUGAUCAUAAUCUUAGAAACGCUGGAGCGCUGUUUAUCCGGCCAAUCAAAGGAUACAGCACGUUUCGAAGAAGCCAUGAAUGUGAAGCUGCUAUUGAGAGAAAUUUGUCAGUUCAUUGAUAUUCAAAAUGAAAACAAUCAAAAUGCUACUUCGUUAAAAGCGCUUGCAUCGAAAGUCCUGUUUGCAUUGUCACAAAAUCAUUUCGGUGCGGUAUUUAAUCGCAUAUCGGCACGUCUGCAAGAACUGAGUACUUGUGCGGAAGAAAACCCCGACUACAGUGAUAUUGAGCUAAUCCAGCACAUCGAUUUAGAUGUGCACCGGCUGACAAAACUUCUGACCGAAACAAUCCAAAAGUUUAAAUCAUUGAAAAAGUCUGCCCACAUGAUCCUGCUCAGUUCGCUGGAAAAAGCGCUCUGGAACUGGAUAGAGUUCCAUCCAAAGGAGUUCGAAGACUUACAGCGAAACCCAAACGACGAGUUGAGCAAAUGUUGCGAAACGUUUUUCGAUAUACUGGAUUCAUAUUCAGAAAACAAGAAAGCACGAGCGGCCGUCUGGCCGUUGCAGAUAAUGCUACUAAUACUUAGUCCGAAGGUUCUGGAGGAGAUUGUCAAUGCCGAUUCGGGUGCUCCGUGCUCACCACGCCAUCUAAAGAAGAAACAUUUUAUGGAAGGCAUCAAGAAAGGACUAGGGGCACACGCGUCCUCAAAACAAUCAACCGAAUCGGCAGCAAUCGCAUGUGUGAAGCUGUGCAAAGCGUCCACGUACAUCAACAUAAAUGAUUCGAACAACGUCACGUUUCAGCUUGUGCAAAGCGUAAUUAAUGACCUAAAGGCGCUGUUAUUCAACCCGGUAAAACCAUUCUCGCGAGGACAAGGUUUCAAUUUUCAAGAUAUCGAUCUCAUGAUCGACUGCUGGGUGUCCUGUUUUCGUAUAAAACCGCACAAUAACGAGGCACUCAAAGUGUGUCUCAGCUUGAAUUCUCCGCCAGCUUAUCACUUUGUCAUCGUAAGCUCGCUGUUGAAAAUCGUCACACAAGCUCGGUUACCAUGGUGGCCACAGAUCGAUCUUGUGUAUGCCAGAUCGGGAGAACUACGAGGUCUCUUUACGGAUACGCUAAACAAGGCAACCCAGGGUUACAUCGCACAUACACCACUCCGAAUGAUCACCUCGUUGACACUUAAAUCAAAAGAUGCCCAGAGCCGAUUGACAAGACCGGACGAAGGGCCGGCCCACAAAGCUUUGCUGUUGCUCAUGGUGCGUCUCAUCCAUGCCGAUCCCAUGUUGCUGUUAAAUAGUCUCGGAAAGGCAGGUCACGAGGUACAAAGUUCUACGCUCGAGCUAAUCAACGGACUCGUAUCGCUCGUACAUCAGCCGACCAUGCCAGACGUUGCACAGGAAGCAAUGGAGGCUCUACUAGCGCUUCAUUCGCCUGAUAAGAUAGAAGUAUGGAACCCGGAGGCUCCUAUCAAUACUUUCUGGGAUGUGAGUUCACAGGUUCUGUUUUCAAUUUCGCAAAAGCUAAUUCAGCAUCAGAUUGCCAACUACACGGACGUUCUCAAGUGGCUACGCGAGAUACUGAUUUGCCGAAAUACGUUCCUGCAAAGGCAUAAGGAUUACGCAAACGUUGGAAGUCAGAUAGCGAUUUGUCGACAAGCACAUAUAAAAUUAGAAGUUGUGUUCUUCAUGUAUCUAUGGUCUGUUGAUUUGGAUGCGGUAAUGGUAUCGCUUUCCUGCUUCGGGUUGCUUUGUGAAGAAGCCGAAAUACGGUCCGGUUCUGAUGAGCUUACAGUCGGCUUUAUUCUACCAAACUAUCAUCUCUAUCAGGACCUUUCGCAUACUUCAGCAACACUAACAUCUCCACAGAACGCCGAAUCACGUUACAGCUUUUUCGAGCAUCUACAUGGUCGUGUGACACUGCAGCGCAAUAUAAUGUCGCUGUUGCGAAAGAUUGAGCAUUGCGUAAACGGCGUGCAGCCGGCAUGGGAAGAAACAUUUCGCAAUUGGGAGGUAACGAGUAAGCUAUUGCAGAACUACCCUAAAGGUAAACCAGAAGAAGGCCAGGCCGAAGUAUUUCACCGUAGUAUGGGCAAAAGGCGCGCAAGUCAUCAAAGCUCAGAACAUGAUCUCGAAGAACAAAUUACCGAAUGGGCUAAUAUGACGUGGUUUCUUCUGGCACUCGGCGGCGUUUGUCUGCAGAAACCUCGAAAUCAACGACAGACGGCCCAAGGAUACAAUCUUCCGCUAGGAACUGCAGGACCUUCGUUAAUGCAAUCGACAACCUCUCUUUCCAGUUCGAGCUCGGGCCGUGGCUCGAUGCAUCCAAUCAUGGGAUCUUUAGUAUCAUCAAUCGGGCCGGGCAGCAGCCAAGAGGUUCAAUAUUGUCCCGUAACACAGUUCAUCGGUCAACUUCUGCGCUUGCUUGUUUGCAAUAAUGAGAAGUUCGGUCCCCAGAUCCAGAAGCACGUGAAGGAGCUUGUCGGGCAGGAAAUGUCUGCCCAUCUUUACCCAAUCCUAUUCGAUCAGAUACGGUCGAUUGUGGAAAAGUUCUUUGACCAGCAGGGUCAAGUAGUCGUCACGGAUAUCAACACCCAAUUUAUCGAGCAUACAAUCUACAUUAUGAAGUCCGUGCUAGAUGGUCGACAAAGCAAGGAUCAGAAUGAUCAACCUGCGAAUGCGGAGCAUCUCGGCGUUACGAGCAUUGAAAAUUUAAUGCUAGCAAUCGUACGCUAUGUGCGGCAUCUGGAUAUGACCGUACAUGCAAUCCAUAUCAAGACCAAGCUAUGCCAACUGGUAGAAGUGAUGAUGAAGCGUCGUGAUGAUCUGGCUUUCCGUCAGGAAAUGAAGUUUCGCAAUAAGCUGGUAGAAUAUCUGACCGAUUGGGUCAUGGGUACAUCGCACCAAAUAGCACCACCCGGAUCAGGUGAUGUGACGAUAAUUACUCGUGAUCUUGAUCAAGCGUGUAUGGAAGCAGUGGCGGCAUUAUUGCGUGGAUUACCCCUACAACCAGAAGAGUCUGAUCGCGGUGAUUUGAUGGAUGCGAAGAGUGCUUUGUUUUUGAAAUAUUUUACACUGUUCAUGAACCUACUGAACGAUUGCGUAGAUGGUUCAGAGGCGGAUAAAGAUACGAAUAAUCCCCCCUUGUUACCUCCCCGGCCUAGAGUGGCCGCAGGGAAACUCACCGCUUUGCGGAACGCAACUAUUCAGGCGAUGUCGAAUCUGUUGAGUGCGAACAUAGAUUCGGGUCUGAUGCAUUCGAUUGAUCUUGGGUACAAUCCUGAUCUACAGACUCGUGCAGCGUUCAUGGAAGUUUUGACGCAAAUUCUGCAACAGGGGACAGAAUUCGAUACACUCGCGGAAUCUGUGAUGGCCGAUAGAUUCGAACAGCUGGUACAGUUAGUCACAAUGAUAAGCGACAAAGGCGAAUUGCCCAUUGCGAUGGCUCUCGCCUCCGUAGUUACUACCUCCCAAAUGGACGAACUAGCGCGCGUGCUGGUAACGCUAUUCGAUGCAAAGCACCUGCUGUCACCGCUGUUGUGGAACAUGUUCUAUCGAGAAGUUGAAGUUUCGGAUUGCAUGCAGACACUUUUCCGUGGAAAUUCGCUCGGAAGCAAGAUUAUGGCCUUUUGUUUUAAAAUUUAUGGUGCAAGCUAUUUGCAAGGCCUGCUGGAGCCCCUAAUUAGGCCUUUGUUGGAAGAGCCGACAAGCAGCUUCGAGGUGGAUCCGGCUCGUAUCGAACCGAGUGAAGAUAUUGAAGUGAAUCGUAAAAAUCUGAUUGCACUCACACAAAAAGUGUUUGAUGCGAUUGUUAAUUCGGCAGAUAGGUUUCCGCCGCAACUUCGUUCGAUGUGUCACUGCUUGUAUCAGGUGCUGAGCAAACGGUUCCCGAACCUCCUGCAAAACAAUAUCGGAGCCGUAGGAACGGUGAUUUUCUUGCGUUUCAUCAACCCAGCGAUAGUGUCACCCCAGGAACUGGGAAUCGUUGGAAAACAAGUACCGACGCAAAUAAAGCGAGGACUAAUGUUGAUGUCCAAAAUUCUACAAAAUAUUGCCAACCACGUGGAAUUUUCGAAAGAGCAGCACAUGUUAUGUUUUAAUGAUUUCCUACGCGCUCACUUUGAGGCUGGACGACGUUUCUUCAUUCAAAUUGCAUCGGACUGUGAAACGGUUGAUCAAACGUCGCAUAGCAUGAGCUUCAUAUCAGAUGCGAAUGUACUUGCGCUGCAUCGUUUGCUCUGGUCGCACCAGGAACGAAUUGGUGACUACCUUUCGAGUAGUCGAGAUCACAAGGCAGUUGGAAGACGACCGUUUGAUAAGAUGGCUACACUGCUCGCUUAUUUAGGUCCUCCGGAGCACAAACCGGUGGAUUCGCAUCUGCUAUUCUCAUCUUACGCCCGCUGGAGUUCGAUCGAUAUGUCGUCGACAAACUUUGAAGAGAUUAUGGUGAAGCACCAAAUGCACGAGAAGGAAGAGUUCAAGACCCUAAAAUCGAUGAACAUCUUCUACCAAGCAGGAACGAGCAAGGCUGGCAAUCCCGUGUUCUACUACAUAGCCCGUCGUUAUAAGAUCGGUGAAACAAAUGGCGAUUUGCUAAUCUACCACGUAAUACUUACGCUAAAACCCUUUUGUCACUCACCGUUUGAAGUGGUGAUCGAUUUCACACAUACAUGUUCGGACAACCGCUUCCGUACAGAAUUUUUGCAAAAGUGGUUUUAUGUUUUGCCUGAGGUUGCGUAUGAGAAUCUUUACGCUGCCUACAUCUACAACUGCAACUCUUGGGUACGGGAAUACACAAAGUUUCAUGACCGUAUACUCGCUCCGCUGAAGGGUUGCCGGAAGUUGAUCUUUCUCGAUUCUCCGGCAAAAUUGAACGAUGUGAUUGACCCCGAACAACAAAAGCUCCCCGGAGCAACACUUUCUCUAGACGAAGAUCUGAAGGUGUUCAAUAAUGCGCUCAAGUUGAGCCACAAAGAUACAAAAGUAGCGAUAAAAGUUGGUCCCACAGCACUGCAGAUUACAUCAGCCGAAAAGACAAAGGUGCUAGCUCACUCAGUACUUCUGAACGAUGUAUACUACGCAUCGGAAAUUGAGGAGGUGUGUCUAGUGGACGACAACCAGUUUACGCUUUCCAUCGCAAAUGAGAGUUCGCAGCUAAGCUUCAUCCAUAAUGAUUGCGAUAACAUCGUGCAGGCGAUCAUCCACAUUCGCAACCGCUGGGAGCUCAGUCAGCCCGACUCGGUUACAGUACAUCAAAAGAUCCGGCCGAAAGAUGUGCCAGGAACACUACUGAAUAUGGCACUGCUAAACCUUGGUUCAUCGGAUCCAAAUCUUCGAACAGCUGCAUAUAAUCAACUUUGCGCACUAACGGCCACCUUCGACUUGAAGAUUGAGGGUCAGCUGCUUGAAACGCAGGGACUCUGUAUACCGUCGAACAACACAAUCUUUAUUAAAUCAGUAAGCGAAACACUGGCUACCAAUGAACCACAUCUGACGCUAGAAUUCCUUGAGGAGUGCAUCCAGGGAUUCCAGCGUAGUACUAUUGAAUUGAAACAUUUGUGUCUCGAGUACAUGACGCCCUGGUUAGCUAAUUUGGUGCGUUUCUGCAAACCAUCGGACGAAGGCAAACGGCAAAAGCAAGUGGCACUAAUUCUAGAGAAAUUGAUUAAUCUCACCAUCGAGCAGAAGGAAAUGUAUCCCUCAAUACAGGCAAAGAUCUGGGGCUCGAUUGGGCAAAUCCCAGAGCUGAUCGAUAUGGUGCUGGACAAUUUCAUACACAAGUCCGUGAGCUCUGGUCUCGGAUCGCCACAGGUUGAAAUAAUGGCAGAUACCGCCGUUGCACUUGCUUCCGCAAACGUACAGCUUGUGGCAAAAAAGGUGAUUGGUCGACUAUGCCGUGUGAUGGACAAAACGUGUCACUCUCCGACACAGUACCUCGAGCAACACAUGAUGUGGGACGAUAUUGCAAUCCUCGCGCGCUACUUGCUGAUGCUUUCGUUCAACAACUGUCUCGAUGUGGCACGCCAUCUCCCGUACCUGUUCCACACGGUUACGUUUCUUGUCUGCACCGGUUCACUGUCGAUGCGAGCCUCGACUCAUGGACUCGUAAUCAACAUCAUCCACUCGCUAUGUACCUGCACUAAGCCGUCCUUCUCAGAGGAAACUCAAAGGGUGUUGCGUUUAUCGUUGGAUGAGUUCUCCUUACCAAAAUUCUAUCUGUUAUUCGGCAUCAGCAAGGUAAAAUCUGCCGCUGUAACCGCUUUCCGCUCAUCCUGUCGUCAUCCCAACGAUCGAUGGCUAGGCAACGAACGUGUAUCCCAGGCACCUCCGGCCGAUCGCGAGCGUCUCGCUCUCCCAUCGCUUGAAGUAAUCACAGAGGCGUUAUUAGAAAUUAUGGAAGCCUGUAUGCGUGAUAUUCCCGACUGCGAUUGGUUGCAAACGUGGACAUCACUUGCAAAAAGCUUCGCUUUCUGCUUCAAUCCCGCACUGCAGCCACGGGCACUUAUUGUGUUUGGGUGCAUUUCUAAGAGUGUCACGGACCAGGAUGUUAAACAACUGCUACGUAUUCUUGUGAAAGCGCUCGAAUCAUUUAAUGACAUAAUUUUGCUCGAAGCACUAGUGAUGUGCCUGACGCGGCUUCAACCACUUCUCCGGCCAGAAUCUCCGAUUCAUCGGGCGCUCUUCUGGGUUGCGGUAAGCGUUUUGCAAUUGGACGAAUCUACAUUAUAUGCUGCCGGAUUGGCACUACUUGAGCAAAACCUUCACACGCUCAACUCGCAGCAGUUAUUUGACAACCAAAACAUAGCCGAUGUGAUGAUGGCCACACGAGAGCCAUUGGAAUGGCAUUUCAAGCAACUUGAUCAUGCCGUCGGUUUAUCAUUCAAGUCCAAUUUUCACUUUGCGCUCGUUGGUCAUCUGUUGAAAGGGUUCCGACAUCCUACACCAACUACCGUCUCUCGGACAUCACGCGUGCUGACAAUGUUGCUGGGAAUUGUUGCCAAACCUCAUCGGCGUGACAAAUUUGAAGUAACACCGGACAGUGUCGCUUACUUAACUGCACUCGUUUGUUUCUCCGAAGAAGUACGUUCGCGAUGCCACGUAAAACACACCGUUCCUCGAUGGCCUGUAGAGUCGGGUGGUUCUGGUGAUUCGGGCAGUGGCAGCAGUAACGAUCCGUCUGCACCAAACUCUGCCGGCGGUGGACCACUAACCGGUGGCUCAGGUGCCAUUACUUCUAGUACAUCUGGUGGAAAUAGCGUGCGACGUCAAAAAUCCUGGGAUAUGUUGGAUCAGUCCGCUAUCCAGUAUGCACGCCAGUCGCACAAAGUGCAACAGCACCAGGAACCGGUGGUAAUCAGAGGAAAAUCUUGGAGAAGUCUUGAUUCAGCGCACAAUCCACACCUGGGGAUGAUCAGUCAUUCCUCUUUUGUUACUCACGGUAACACCAUCACUACCACCACCAACAACAACAUCAACAAUAUGAUCAACAUGAACAGCAACACUUCAAAUUCCAUCACCAUAGGCAUGCCCAAUUUGAACAACAACCCCAUCAUUACUAACAUCAGCAGCAACACUAACAAUUCUUCUACGUCUAGUAGUACCUUCGUAACUGCUAGUACUACUGCCGCUAACGCAGCCAAUGUGGCUGCGUCCAUUGGCGUCGGUGCGUACCAAAGCCAGAGGAACGAUUUUCGUAACCGCCGCUCCUCGUCCGAACCGGUCAAUCAUGGGCAAAUGGUUCUGAUAAACCCGAACGUUGCCAAACUGAUUGCGCUCAAUCAGGGCCACACGCCCACGUAUGGCUAUGGUGCAAAUGUUGGUAGUGCUACGACCGGGGCAACCGGUGCUGCUACUGUUGCACACACGAUUGCCUGCGCUCAGCCUGCACCGCCAACAUCUCCACUUCCGCCGGUCAUCGGAACGUUGCCGACAAUGCCAACAGCGGACGAAGAGCCUGCCGAGCAGACAAGGGAUGCGGCAAAGAAAGGGACAAAGGACGAAAGCGAGAACUUUAUCGUCGACUGCUUGCAAGACAUAUCAUCGAUCAAAAUUGCACGAAUGCUGUUCAAAACCCACCGCUCCUUCUCUGUUCCAACCACCAAAGAACGCCUGGGUAAAUCAACGCGGAUUGACAAUCGCCAGAAGGAACGUGGUUCACGGUCAUCAGUCUCGAACGAAUCAAACGUACUGCUCGAUCCAGAAGUGCUACCCGAUUCAUCCACGCAGGCGCUGGUGCUAACGGUCCUGGCGACGCUGGUGAAGUACACUACUGACGAGGCUGAAACACGUGUCCUCUAUCAGUACCUAGCGGAAGGGUCAAUCGUAUUUCCGAAAGUUUUCCCUGUUAUUCAUUCACUGUUGGAUCAGAAGGUGAACAAUGUCCUAUCCGUGUCGAAUGACCAAAUCGUACUAGCUUCGGUGCAGAGCAUCAUACAGAAUAUGCUAGCAAGUGAAGACGCCAGCCAGCAACCGUUGCACUUCCUGCAAAGUUGUGGUUUCGGGGGACUAUGGCGUUUUGCAGGACCCUUCACUAAGUACAAUAUGAUGGUCGAAUCGUCCGAGCUGUUCGUAAACUUUCUGGAAGCGAUGGUGGAAACUUGCCUCCCGGUGGAGGAAACCACCCCGAUGCCACCGUCCCCGCGGCCGUACAAUCUCAGCUCCAGCUUAAGCAGUCUCACUCUUGGUUCGCCGACAGACAAAGAAUCUCUAGAUCACGAUGGCUUUAGCGGAAGCGUUAGUUCGCUGCGUCGUGCGUCCUGCAGCAAGGCCCGUACAGGCACCAAGCAUCGUUUCAUAGACAGUCCGACGCACAAUAUCUAG